GUAGUAGAUCUUCGCAUACUCUCUACUCAAAAGUAGAGUUGUCGCAACCAUGAGGAUGAGACACAGUCUCGAUUCCUGAGCGUGAGAUACGAUCUCGAUUUGCCACUUUGUGGGUGAAUCGGUGAUCCACGAUGAUCGUUCAACCCGUUAGUUUUACUAGUGGUGUAUGGAAUUGAGGCAGUCUGAGUGGUUGCAUUUUUAGAAAAAUAAAAUAAAUACUUGUUCCAGGAGGAUUUAUUUUAACGCUAAAAAUGGUGAAGACGAUUACGGAAAAUAUAAAUUUGGCGCCUAGCAUGGACUUCUGUGGACCAAUUUAAUUCCUCGGUACUACAAUAGUUGGGUGAUUCGAAUCCUACUAACUUAUGAUGUGUGAUCCGUAUCAAAAGACUUGUGUUAUUCGUACUAAAGCCGAAUUUACUUUACACGUAUUAAGUAGCUUGAGCAAGUUACUAAAGCAUUAACUAAAAAAUUAUGUAUUUCUAUUUAGUUGUGUCCACACAUUUUAGUAAUUUGGUUUAGUUCUCGUUUUUAAAUAUGGCGGCAACAGAUAUUCGUGCCUCUUUGAAGAAAUGUGUUUUGGAUAUAUGUGGUGAAAUAUCAGAUAUAAUUAGUGACGAAAUGAACAAAAAUCAUGAAAAUCGUUGUUGGGUACAAAAUUGGCUGGGUCGGAGAGAAACUCAUGGUGCUUCUUCUACUUUGCUGAGAGAACUUGCUAAUGAAGAUCUUUCGGAAUAUAGAAAUUGUAUGAGGAUGACCAAAGAAUGAUUUGACAAUUUGCUAAAUAAAAUUUCCUCUAUAAUUACUAAAAGUGAUACCAUAAUGAGGGCUGCUAUUCCACCCAGGAUAAAAUUAGAGAUCACAUUGGCUUAUUUAGCGACAGGAAACAGUUGCAGAACUUUGCAGAGAUUAUUUCGUGUGUCAAGGCCUGCAAUUUCCAACUUUAUACCUGAGGUAUGCGAUGCCAUUUAUGAAGCUCUUCAGGAAUAUAUAAAGGUUCCUGCGUCUGAAGAAGAAUGGAAAGUAAUUGAAAAUGGAUUUCGACAAAGAUGGAAUUUUCCAAAUUGUUACGGUGUAAUUGACGGAAAACAUUUUGUCAUCCAUGCACCAGCACACUGUGGAAGUGAAUUUUUUAAUUAUAAACGCACUAACAGCAUUGUGUUGCUAGCUGUAGUAGACGAUAAUUAUUGUUUCCGUUAUAUAAAUGUUGGAUGCUCUGGAAGGCAGUCAGACGGAGGAGUGUUCCAACAAUCUUCUUUGUCUCAAGCGCUAGAGUAUGGUUUAUUAUCAGCGGGCGGAUUCAUCGUAGGUGAUGAUGCAUUCCCGCUGAAGGAAUAUUUGAUGAAACCUUUUUCAAAAGUGGUGCUUUCAAAAGAGCAAAAAGUGUUCAAUUACCGCCUCUCACGUGCAAGAAGAAUCGUUGAGAAUGGUUUUGGGAUUAUGGUUAGUAGGUUUCGCAUUUUUGAAAAGCCCAUAGCAUGUUUACCAGAAACUAUUUAUAACAAAAUUAUCAAAACUUGUUGCGCAUUACACAACUAUUUGAGAAUUACUUCAAGCAAUAAUUACACUCCGAGUGGAUCUUUAGAUGAAGAGGACCUAGACAGAGGUCAAAUGCGAUUUGGUUCUUGGAGAGAUCUUAAAGUCAGAUUUUCCCCAAUGGAGAAAGUACACAGCAAUCACUCUGCAAAAUCUGCAAGGAAUAUGAGGGAUCAACUGUGUCAGUAUUUUAUGGGUGAAGGUGCUGUACCAUGGCAGGAGAGAAUGAUUUUUUGAAUUAUUUAAAUAUGUAUUUAAUGUGAAUAUACUUGCGUUACCAAAAUUA